GGAGGGGAGAGGGUGGAAUCUAUUUGGGAAUCCAACGGGCCAAUGAAAAGCGCGGAAGGAGCAAUGUGGGCAGGACCGCAUGGUUUCCUUGGAUACCGAGGACGCGACUUUGGAGAGGGUGGAGCUUUGGAGUGAGAGCUUGGAGGUCCUAAUCUACCAAGAAAAAUAGGAACUUAAAUAAGGAUCAGGACCAAGUCAAGGGGUAAGAAACUGCGCUUUUAAAAGGUGACACCAUCCCUAAGCAGCUGAAUCUGGAAUGGUUUUAUUUUAGAAUUGUGAAAAAUGGAAGACAGUGCUACAGACACAGAACAAGAAGAGGAAGAGGAGACAGAGAAAAAGGAUCAAGAGGACCCCAUUUAUGCUGUAGCACCCACAAUUAAUAUCCAAGAUGAGCGGUGUGUUGAUUUAUCUACAACUCCAGCCUUUAUUUGUCUGCAAGAGUUACACAGUAUGGGAAAACUUCCUGGAACCAGAAUGGCAGAGUUAAAAGCCAAGUACACCUUGCUGCAUGACACCGUGGUAAGCACACAAGAAUCAGAGGUCCAACUUCUAGAGGAUGCCAAACGUUUCACGGAGCAAAUACAACAGCAGCAGUUUCACCUGCAGCAAGCCGAUGAUUUUCCUGAGGCGUUCACCACAGAGGUCUCUAAAAUGCGAGAACAACUUCUCAAGUAUCAAAAUGAAUAUAAUGCGGUGAAAGAAAGAGAGUUCCACAAUCAGUACAGAUUAAACAGCUUAACAGAAGAAAAGAACCUCAUAAUAAAGGAAUUUGAGAAGAUUCCUAAGCCAGGAGAAAUGGAGAAGAAGAUGAGACUAUUGAGAGAAAGCACUGAGGAAUUACGUAAGGAAAUAAUACAGAAGAAACUGGAGAUCAAAAAUUUACGGGAAGAUUUGGCAUCUAAGCAAAAGCAAUUACUAAAGGAGCAGAAGGAACUAGAAGAACUAUUGGAAUAUCAGGUCAACCUAAAGGAUGAAGUGGUUCACCAUCAAGCUGUUCCUGUACAAAUUGGAAAAGAGAUAGAAAAAACAACACGCAAAAAAGUAGAAAUGGAAAAGAAAAAAAUCGUCUUGGAAUAUGAACUCAAAGAGCUAAAUGACUCACUAAAGAAAGUUGAAACCAAAAUUAAUUCUAUAAUGGAAGAGAAGGAGGAUGUAAUAAAGGAAGUUGAGAGCAAACGAGCCUUACUUGAAAUCAGAGAACGAGAAUAUAACCAGUUGGUCAAGCUCCUGGAAUUAACCAGAGAGAAUGAAGCAACUUCACUAACUGAAAGAGGGAUCUUGGAUCUCAAUUUACGAAACUGUCUCAUUGACAAGCAGAACUACCAUGAUGAGCUUUCUCGUAAGCAGAGAGAAAAAGAACGAGAUUUUCGAAAUUUAAAAAAGACGGAGCUGCUCUUGAAAGUGUCCUGGGAUGCCCUCACUCAAACUCAGGCACUACAUCAAAGACUUCUAUUAGAGAUGGAAGCUAUCCCUAAAGAUGAUUCUAUAUUAUCCGAAAGAAGGAGAGAACUCCACAAGGAAGUUGAAAUGGCUAAGAGGAAUCUGGCCCAACAGAAAAUCCUGUCAGAAGCUGAGUCCAAGUUAGUGGAACAACAACUUGCAGAAGAAAACAAGCUUUUAAAGGAGCAAGAAAACAUGCGAGAGCUUGUCUUCAACCUUGUCCGUAUGACUCAAAUCAAAAUUGAUGAGAAGGAGCAAAAAUCCAAGGAUUUCCUGAAAGCUCAGCAAAAAUAUACCAACAUUGUUAAGGAGAUCAAAGCAAAGGAUCUGGAAAUCAGAAUACACAAGAAGAAAAAACAUGAAAUUCAUCGGAGACUCAAAGAGUUUGCUAAACUGUAUGACACUAUCCGAAAUGAAAGAAACAAAUUUGUUAACUUACUUCACAAAGCUCACCAGAAAGUAAAUGAAAUAAAAGAAAGGCAUAAAAUGUCAUUAAAUGAACUGGAAAUUUUAAGAAAUAGUGCAGUUACUCAAGAAAGGAAGUUACAAAAUUGCAUGCUGAAACAUGCCAACAAUGUUACUAUCCGAGAAAGCAUGCAAAACGAUGUGUGCAAAAUUGUAGCAAAACUUCAGGAAAUGAAGGAGAAGAAGGAAAUCCAGUUAAACAACAUUGACAGACUUGCCAAUAUGAUCACAAUGAUUGAAGAGGAGAUGGUGCAGCUGCGUAAGAGAUACGAGAAAGCUGUUCAGCAUCGAAAUGAAAGUGGUGUUCAGCUAAUAGAACGGGAAGAGGAAGUGUGCAUCUUUUAUGAAAAAGUAAAUAUCCAAGAGAAGAUGAAGCUAAAUGGAGAAAUUGAAAUACAUGUCCUGGAAGAAAAAAUCCGGUUCCUGAAACUGAAGAUUGCUGAGAAACAGAGAGAGAUUCACGUGACCCAGAAAUUACUGCCAACCAAGAGGGCCCUCGAUGCCGACUUAGCAGUGCUCCAAAUUCAGUUUUCUCAGUGUACAGACAGAAUAAAAGACCUGGAGAAAAAAUUCAUAAAUCCUGAGGAUGAGAGCAGAAUCUGCUUCAUUCCAGGGAAAGAUAUGACCCAAGAAGAAAUGAUCAAAAAAUUAGAUGCACUGGAACUACAGCUGGCCAAGAAGGAGGAGAAGUUACUGGAAAAGGACUUCAUCUAUGAACAGGUGUCCCGGCUCACUGACAGGCUCUGCAGCAAAACUCAGGCCUACAAGCAGGACACGCUGCUCUUAGCCAAGAAGAUGAACGGCUACCGGAAAAAGAUCAAAGAUGCUACGGAGCAAAUGAUGGCUCUAGUUGCUGAGCUGUCCAUGAAACAAGCUCUGGCCAUUGAACUCCAAAAGGAAGUCAGAGAGAAAGAAGACUUCAUCUUCUCUUGCAAUUCCAGGAUAGAAAAGGGUCUGCCACUCAAUAAAGACAUUGAGAGAGAAUGGUUGAAGGUACUACGAGAUGAAGAAAUGUAUGCCUUGGCCAUCGCUGAAAAAUCUCGGGAGUUCUUGGUAACAGAUAACCGCCAGCUGCCCAAUGGUGUUUACACAACUGCAGAGCCACGUCCAAAUGCCUACAUCCCAGAGGCAGAGGCCACUCUUCCUUUGCCCAAACCAUAUGGCGCCUUGGCUCCUUUCAAGCCCAGUGAACCGGGGUCCAAUAUGAGGCACAUAAGAAAACCUGUUACAAAGCCAAUUGAAAUCUGAGCAUGUGAACCAAUCUGGGCUUCUAAAGGAGACACUUUAAUCAGGCUUCCUCAUAUGCACCGCUGGAAAGUAUCACUAUAGCAGCUCUAAAUUACAAAUAGUGUCCACAAUCAACCAACAACGGACAACAACAUGGCUUCCUUUCACACUCAUCAGCAACUACAUUUUACGUGAUGUUACAGAGAAUUUUCCUUCAGUUAUGUCCAAGCAUAUUUCUGUAUUUUUUUCUUUUUUUUCUUUAUAUACUAUCUUUCAGGAAUAUGUAGUUAAAAAAAGAAAAAUAAAUUUUCAGUGCAGUACAGAAA